GAGACGUGUUUGCGUCCCUUGCACAGAUCUAGUCGCGACCAGCUGCGCCUUGCCAUUGCUGCUGAAUUAUGGCUGCUGGACUCACAGGCGCCGCCAUUCUGGGAAGAAUUCCAGGCAGAAUCAUCCUCACCGAUCCAGCGCCGGUGCCUCCUCAACAGUCCUUUCAAUCCUGUGAGUUUUGCCAUGGGCUCGGGAGGCUCCGAUCGACGAGUUCUUUCCCAGGGAUUAGCCCUCAGAGGUUCCAGAAAAGGAGAGGAGCUACAGUGACAUCGGCAGCAAUGGCAAUGGCGGCCACGCAAGAGGCGUUCGUGCCCAGCAGGGACAGCCGCCGGGAGCACCUGGAGCAAUCCUUUGUGGCGGCGCCGUCCCCAAGGAACCGCGCCGACGAUGCCUCGCUCAACAAUCCGCUACUCCGGCGCGAGCGCAUGGGCUGUGGAUGGCUGGGCGUGAUCAUGGAGUGGGAGGGCGUGGUCGUGGAGGAGGAUCUCAGCCUCGAUAGAAAGGCCUGGAGGGCCAUCGCGGAGGAGGAAGGCAAGAGCCUCCCGCCGGCAUUCCUUCUCAAGCGCGCGGCGGGGAUGAAGAACGAGCAGGCCAUCUCCGAGGUCCUGUGCUGGAGCCGCGAUUUCCAGCACAUCAAGAGGAUGGCCAAGCGCAAGGAGGAUCUCUACCAGUACAUGCAACGAGGAACUUACCGGCUCCUCCCCGGAUCGCGGGACUUCGUCCAGGCGCUCAAGCGAUACAAGGUUCCAAUCUCCGUGGCGUCGACGAGGCCGCGGAGGAUCACCGAGCGGGCGAUCGAGGCGGUGGGGAUGGAGGGAUUCUUCGACGAGGUGGUGGCGGCGGAGGACGUGUACCGCGGCAAGCCGGAUCCGGAGAUGUUCCUCUACGCGGCGGAGAGGCUGGGAUUCAUCCCCGAGCGGUGUAUAGUGUUUGGGAGCUCCAACUCGAGCGUGGAGGCGGCGCAUGACGCGCGGAUGAAGUGCGUGGCGGUGGCGGGGACGCAUCCGGUGUUUGAGCUCGGGGCGGCGGACUUGGUGGUGAAGAGAUUAACGGAGCUGUCGGUGGUGGAUUUGAAGAACCUGGCGGAUCUGGAUGCGCCGGAGUUCCAGGCUCCAGAGCCUCAGCUGGAAGAGAGCCGCGAGGAGGACCGAGAUCUGGAAGAGCGACGCUUCAUGGCAUUGUAACAUCACCAAAGAUCAUCGCUUGAUUUGUAAAUAUACAUAGUAUAAAUUCAAUGUAAAUAUUCCUGACAAAA